AUGGUAAGCUCUAACUGUUCCACUGAGGACUCCUUUAAGUAUACUUUAUAUGGGUGUAUCUUUAGCAUGGUGUUUGUUCUUGGCCUCAUAGCAAAUUGUGUUGCUAUCUACAUUUUUACGUGUACAUUAAAAGUGCGAAACGAGACCACAACUUACAUGCUUAACUUGGCGAUAUCAGACCUGCUUUUCGUGUUUACAUUACCCUUCAGGAUUUAUUACUUUGUAGCAAGAAACUGGCCCUUUGGAGACAUUCUUUGCAAGAUUUCUGUCACCCUCUUCUAUACAAACAUGUACGGGAGCAUUUUAUUUCUGACUUGCAUAAGCGUGGAUCGCUUUCUAGCUAUCGUGCACCCCUUUCGAUCUAAGACUCUCCGAACCAAAAGGAACGCGAAAAUCGUCUGCGCCGCAGUGUGGGUAACCGUGCUGGCAGGCAGCACACCAGCAAGCUUUUUCCAGUCUACAAACCGCCGUAACAACACCGAACAAAGAACGUGUUUUGAAAACUUUUCAGAGGACACAUGGAAAACCUACCUGUCCCGGAUUGUUAUCUUCAUUGAAAUCGUUGGGUUUUUUAUUCCGCUCAUCUUGAACGUGACCUGCUCUACUAUGGUCUUACGGACUUUGAAUAAACCACUUACGUUAAGUCGGAAUAAACUGAGCAAGAAAAAGGUACUCAAAAUGAUUUUUGUCCAUUUGGUGAUAUUCUGCUUCUGCUUUGUGCCUUACAACAUUACCUUAAUACUUUACUCCCUGAUGAGAACACAGACCUGGAUUAAUUGUUCAGUGGUAACUGCAGUCAGGACUAUGUACCCCGUCACCCUGUGCAUCGCCGUUUCAAACUGCUGUUUUGACCCUAUAGUCUAUUAUUUCACAUCAGAUACAAUUCAAAAUUCAAUAAAAAAGAACCGGUCCACCAGACCACGGGAUACCACAUUCUCUGAAAGGCCAGUUUCAGAAAACUUCAUUCAACAUAGCCUUCAGAGCAUAAAAAUGAAAAUACUUGACAGUGACUCUACAAUAUGA